AGCUUCAUUAUAUUUGAGUAUUCACAAUGUUUGAUUCUUGGAUUCUCUACCACUAUCCUCAUCUUCCGAUAAAUAAAGAGGAAAAAAUGCUUUGCAUUUCAUGUUGGGCUAACAUACACUCUUGUACAAGCCAAGAGACUUAGAGAGAAAAUGGCGAGCAAGAGAGUAAGCUGCAGGUGGUGCCGGAUGGUCUGUGUGGUGCCACUCGAGGCGCAGAGCCUCUACUGCCCUAGCUGCCGCGGCUCCACAGUGCUGGAACGAACCUACAACUUUCCAUACUCUACUAACCAAGGCUAUGCAGCAAAUGGUAUGUAUCAAAGCAAUGCACCACCACAGCAGCUGAAUCCUCCCUCUAAUGCCUAUGGACGUAAACGAGCUGUGCUGUGCGGUAUCACCUACAAGGGGCAUAGACAGAGCCUUCAAGGCAGUGUCAACGACGUCAUGUCCAUGAAGAAGCUUCUUCUCCAGAGGUUCCGCUUUUCCCCUUCCAGUAUCCUCGUCCUAACAGAGGAGGAAGCGGACUACAGGCGUGCUCCGACGAAGACAAACAUCCGUAACGCUCUGAGGUGGCUGGUUGAAGGCACCCGAGCAGGGGACUCGCUGGUGUUCCACUACUCGGGGCACGGGUCACAGGUGAGGGACCGCGAUGGGGACGAGGUGGAUGGGUAUGAUGAGGCCUUACUACCCGUUGACUACGAGACAGAGGGAAGGAUACUGGAUGAUGAACUGAACGCGACCAUUGUUAGGCCGUUGCCAAGAGGGGCUACCCUUCAUGCCAUCAUUGACACUUGCUUCAGUGGCACCUUUUUAGAUCUCCCAAAUGUUUGCAGAAUCAAUAGGCAAGCGUACUACAGGUGGGAGGAUCAUCGUCUCCCGAAUGCUACCUACAAAGGCACUAGUGGGGGCUUUGCCAUCUCUAUCAGCGCCUGUGAUGAUCAUCAGAGCUCAGGAGAUACCACUGCUUUCACGGGCACUGCAACGGGGGCGCUUACUUACAGCUUUGUCCAGACAUUGGAGCAAGAGAAGAAGCUAAGUUAUGGGAAUCUGCUGCUUGCCCUGCACAACAGAAUCGGGGCAGCACAACAGGCUCUUGGUCUCAACACAUAUGACUCCAAAUCAACGCAGGAACCUCAACUCUCUUCUUCUCACAAGUUUGACAUUCAGUCAAAGACUUUCACUUUAUAGAGAUGGAUGGCCUGCAUAUAAAGAACUAAAUAAGUAAUGAAUUUACUGCUUUUUGACAAGCUGAAAUAAAAGUAUGUCCUCUAUGUUUUUAGCACAGGUUUAUCAGUGUAAUCAACUUAAUUAAAUGGA